AUGGACUACAGCAGCAGGGCAGGGUCGAAGAAGGGCGGUGGCGGGAUGGCCACCGAGUCCGAGUUCAAUCUGCAACGGAGACGGCAGGUGGAACAGUUACUGAGUCACGACCAAGAGAUCCCGUACACGUACGCUACCCAGGACGGAGUGACCCCCAACGGUAGUGGUGGUGGUGAGACACGGAGCGACCCGUACAUCUACAAGAACCGGUCCGGGAAGCUGAUCUGUAAGCUGUGCAACACUUUGCACAUGUCCUGGAGCAGUGUCGAGCGACACCUACAGGGGAAGAAGCACGGACUGAACGUUCUACGGAGGGUCAGCAGUGACCAGCGUGGCUCACAGGGUCCCGGUACCCAACCGGGUGCCAGCACUGCGGAACUGGAGUACCAGGCGAAGGUCGACGAGACGCGCAAGUCUCUCGGUGCGAACGGCGUGACUCCUGCUUGUCAAGUGGUCCCCAUCCGUGACACUCACAGAGACGGGCUUGCAAUACGUGUGGAGUACUCGGGGGCACCGCACAGCAGGGACCCUCCACCUUUCAUCAGGAUCAUGUCAUCCUUCGAGUUGCCUGGCGACGACAACAACAACAAGGGUAAGACGCUGAUCAUCGCGUAUCCGCCCUUCAACAACGUCGGAGUCCCACUAGACGCAACGAGAGACGUAGAGUUUGAUGUGGAUGUGCACGAGGGCAACAUCUCUGUAGAGACACCGACGGGCAAGAUCGCCGUGGACCGCACGAACGCGCAACUGACUUACUGGGACGCACCCAACGGCCUCUUCUAUGUCCAGUUCCUCUACACAGCACCAGAGACACAGCAAGACCCGCACAGCGACGCAUAA